AGUCCUCUUCUGUGCUCUUCCUUCUUCCUUUUCAGUGUCCGUACGCUCAGGUAGACCAAAAGAUCAGGCUUCAAACUGCAGUUUGACUGCAGGAGCCACCAGCCAAUACGAGACAGAGAGAGCUCGUGGGCUUCGUUUUGAGACUUAACGAAAUGGCAACUUCAUGAAAACCUGUGAAGAUGGACAGACAGAAAAGGGGUGUGGCUCAGCCACAGGAAGAUCCAGAAAGCAGCACAGGAGAAGGUGACUUGGGAAGCCAACUGGAUGUUUUAGCCAAAGCGCACGAAUUCUUCCGGAUCUGCGAUGUAGAAGGGAAGGGGUUUAUUGCUCGCCAUGACAUGCAGAGGCUCCAUGGUGAGUCGCCGCUUGUCCCCGAAGAGCUGGAGAAAGUAUUUGACACUCUGGAUGCAGAUGGCAAUGGCUUUCUUACUCUAGAAGAAUUCACCACCGGAUUCAGCCAGUUUUUGUCUGGGAGGAAGGAAUCUUUUGCUGAGGUCUGUGAAACUGGCUUUCGUCCUAAAUCGAAAGAAAGCAUCGCAGCACGAAAUGAAGAAGACGACCAGUUUUCAAAUCUCAUGGAACAACUCGGAGCCGGGAAUAUCUUGAAGGAUGAAGACAACGUGAAGAAGCUCUGGCUGCACCUGAAGAAACAUGUGCCUCACCUACUUUCCAAUUUCGAAGAAUUCCUGACAAAAAUCUUCUCUCAGCUCCACGAAGCUGAUGAUGAAAAGAACACCUUGGAGUGCGCCCUGCAAAACAAAAUGUCUGCCUACGAUGAUGAAAUCCAGUAUCUGUAUGAAGAAAUGGAGCAGCAGAUCAAAACCGAGAAAGAAAAAGUCGUGUUGGAGGGCGCUGAGAGGUUCCAGUCCCGACAGCAGGUACUGGAAGAAAAACUUGUCGAAAAGGAGAAGGAAUUCGAGCAGCUGUCUCAGAAGCAGAAAAUAUUGGACAAACAAUGCAAAGAGCUACGCAAUGUUAAGUAUGACACGACCACGGAAAAUACCAAAUUGAAGGUUACUAACCAAGAGCUUCUCAGUUCGCUGGAGAGAACCUCCGAGGAGUUAAUUAUUGCUCAACAGCAGUUGGAAAUUCUUCAGGAUGAAGCUAAAAAACUGCAGGAAGAAAAGGAAAUUGAGAUUUGCCGGGUGACAGAAAUAUUAGAGAGGGAGAAAUUAGGACUUCUUAAACAAUUGGAUUUUUUGAGGGAAAGGAACAAACAUCUGAGUGAUGAACGUGACGUGUGUCUUCAGCGGAAAUCUGGGUAUGAGGCCUCUGUCAGUCGGAAACAAAGGUCUGGCUCUAUUAUUGGCAAAUAUAUUGAGAGAAGAAGUUCACUGAAGAGUGAGCCUUCCGAAGAUGAGACAUUUAGCGCAUCCCACAUAAGAAGUGCCCUUAGUAUGAAUGUGGAUCUUUCAUUAGAUUCUGAGCCCCCUAAGCCUGGCGGGCUGACCCAGAAGAAGCACUUCAGAAGGCUAAUAUCCAUUGAAGAAGACCAUCUACCGCAUCUUCUGAACAGGACAGAGAGGCAACUAAUACGGUGGUCUGAAGAAGAUGAAGAUAAACGAGGACCAGAUAUGAACGGAGUCCAACGGCAGCCACAGGUUGAACCGUCUCAAGCCUCACCUAGGGAAGAGCCCGUAGGAAAAGAAACCCUGACAAAUGAUGAAGAGUUCCGCAUGGCUCCGGAUCGUAUAUUCAAGAUAGUUCUGGUGGGGAAUUCAGCUGUGGGGAAAACAUCCUUUUUAAAGCAAUUCUGCGAAGAACGGUUUUUUCCAGGCACGGCUGCUACCGUCGGUGUGGAUUAUUCUAUGAAAACUGUGAACUUGGAUGGCAGCCAGGUGGUGCUGCAACUCUGGGACACCGCUGGGCAAGAAAGGUAUCGCAGCAUCACGAAGCAGUUCUUCCGGAAAGUCGAUGGGGUUGUUGUGAUGUAUGACGUAACAGCACAAGACACCUUUGUGGCUGUGAAGCAGUGGUUGGUGAGCAUAGAGGAGGCAGCUGGAGAGAACAUCCCCGUCCUUUUGCUCGGCAAUAAAGUCGAUAAGGAAAAAGAACGAGAGGUUCCUAAGCGAUUGGGGGAACAUCUAGCCAAGGAUUACAGUAUAAUUUUUUACGAAUGCAGUGCCUUGACGGGGGAGAACACCAAAGCAUCUGUAUUGCACUUGGCCAGGAUUUUAAAAGAGCAGGAAGACAACGUGAAAGAGAAAACUAUUCAGCUGCAGCAACAGCCUAAAAAAACAACUUGCUGUUCCAGGCAAUAAAGCAGACGUAGAACUCCCUUUAAUAAAUAAACACACAACCAUUUCCCUCUUCCCUACACUACAGAGUCCUGGAUUAUAUCGUCAGGCAUUGUUUAUGGCUUUUACAGGACCGGAAGACAUUUUGCCUCAUAGUUCGAUUGAAAUUUUAGAAUGGAGUACAGAAUGUCAGAGCUGGAAGGGACCGUGGAGGUCUUCUAGUCCAACCCGCUUGCUCAAGACAGGAGACCUUAUUUCCAUUCCGGAUAAAUGACUGUUCAGUCCCUUCUUAAAAAUCUGCAGUGACGGAGCACCCACAACUUCUGGAGGCAAGCUGUUCCACGGGUCAAUUGUUCUGUCAGGAAAUUUCUCCUUAGUUCCAGGUUGCUUCUCUCCUUGAUUACGGUAGUGGCCAAAAUUGUGGAAAUCUUUUGGGAAAAGUGUUUUUCCCAAGAGCCGAGGUGGCGCAGUGGUUAGGGUGCAGUACUGCAGCAACUUCAGCUGACUGCUAGUUCAGCAGAUCAGCGGAUCAAAUCUCACCGGCUCAAGGUUGACUCAGCCUUCCAUCCUUCCGAGGUGGGUAAAAUGAGGACCCAGAUUGUUGGGGGCAAUGUGCUAUUUAGUAUACUGUCUUUGGUGUAAGCCGCCCAGAGUCCUAGGAGAGUGGGUGGCAUAGAAAUAUUAAUAAUAAUAAUAAUAAUAAUAAUAAUAAUAAUAAUAAUAAUAAUAAUAAUAAUAAUAAUAAUGUAUUUUCUAAAACUAGCUAAUAACACCACUUUUUUGGGGGAGUAGUACCAUAAAAUUAUAUAUCAACGGAAAGAUCAUUUAAUCAAGGAUGUAAUGCAAUAACUUUUAUGAAGGAUUUGCUGUUAGAAUGGCAGUUACAGUGUAAAGAAGAACACAUAGAAAAAAUGAGAUACACAAAAAUUAUCACCAUAGAAAAAAUGAGAUAUACAAAAAUGAUCGCCAUGUCAGUUCAUACUUAGUUGGGUAACCUUUAGCAUGAAUUACGGCCUUACAUCGUCUUCCCAUGGAUGGAACCAAGUCUUUUAAUUCUGUUAUAAUGUGAAACCAAGAUUGAAUGAUGGCUUCUAUUAACUGGGUUUUAUUGCUGGGUCGCUUUUGACUAACAAGUUUCUUUAGUUGGUUUCAUAGAUUUUCAAUUAGGUUAAGGUCUGGGCUAUUCCCAGGCCAUUCCUGAUUAUCUUGAAACUUCCAAAAAAAGUGGUGUUAUUAGCCAUCAAACCUCAAAAAUACACUUUUCCCAAAAGGUUCCCACAAUUUUGGUCACUGCUGUAGUUUCCAUUCAUUGCUUCUUGUCCUGUCCUCAGGUGCUUUGGAGAAUAGGUUUACCUGCAUCUUCUUUGCGACAGCUCCUCAAAUAUUGGAAGGCUGCUAUCAUGUCACCCCAAUCUUCCGUUUCAUUAGAUUAGACAUAUAUCCAGUUCCUGCAACCGUUCUUCAUAUGUUUUAGCCUCCAGUCCCCUGAUCAUCUUUGUUGCUCUUCUCUGUGUUGCAAAAUCUUGGGAUGCAAAUAUGGAAGAUGAUUGCUAAUCAAUUGUACUAAGAACAAUUGCUUCAAGAGAAGGAAGGAUCGGGAAUGUGUGGGCUGCAGCCUGGCUUCCCUUCCCUUCGCAUUGACCUGGAUUCAUACAUUUACAAUGUAAUGUUAUGGUAAACUCACCUGCCACCAAACUAUGUAAUUAACUGUGACUUGAAAAGCAGAGAUGCUUCAACCAGGAAUAUAUCAUCUCUUUUCCCAUCAUAAAUAUUUAGGAAGAAAGGGAAAUACGUGAGGACAUCCAGAUUUCACUGGCCUUUUUAACCUGCAGGACUGUAAGAGAACAGAAUAAGAGAGUUGGAAGGGACCUUGGAAGUCGUCUUGUCCAACUCCCUGCUCAAGCAGGAGACCCUAUACCAGUGAUGGCUAACCUUUUUGCCGUCGUGUGCCGGCACCCAUAAUGCAAGGCACGCGUGACAUCCCCCUCAUGCUCCCCUGCGCAUGUGCACACGCCCCUCCCCCGCUCCAUUUUGGGCCUAGUAGGCCUCCCUAUACCCUCCUGGGACCAAAAACAGGCUGUGGGGGGGGGGGCGCACCGCAUCCCCCCGUGCCCCAUUUUGGGCUUAGUAAGCCUCCCUACAGCCUCCUGGGACCAAAAAUGGGCUGGGGGGGGCGCACCACAUCCCCCGUGCCCCAUUUUGGGCCUAGCAGGCCUCCCUGCAGCCUCCUGGGACCAAAAAUGGGCUGGGGGGGGGGCGCACCGCAUCCUCUGUGCCCCAUUUUGGGCCUAGUAGGCCUCCCUACAGCCUCCUGAGACCAAAAAUGUGACCCUGCCCCCGUGCAUGUGCAUGUGAGCCCCCCCGCGCAUGAACACGCAUCUCCCACAUGCACUCUGCACCCGCUCAUACGCGGCAGACCUGAAAAUCAGCUGGCUGGUGGGAGGAGCGCGCGCAUGUGCGCUGAAAUUGAGCUGGUCGACGGCUUGUGUGCCCGCAGAGAGGGCUCCACGUGCAAGCUGUGGCACGCGUGCCGUAGGUUCGCCAUUACCGCCCUAUACCAUUUCAGGCAAAUGGUUGUCCAAUCUCUCCUUAAAAACCUGCAGAAAUUUCUCCUUACUUCUAAGUUGCUUCUCUCCUUGGUUAGUUUCCAUCCGUUGCUUCUUGUCCUGCCUUCAGGUGCUUUGGAGAAUAGGUUGACCUCGUUCCUUGUGGUAGCCCCUCAAAUAUUGGAACACUGCUAUCAUGUCAUCCCUAGUCCCUCUUUUAAACUAGACAUACCCAAUUCCUGCAAUCGUUUUAGCCUCCAGCCCCCUAAACAUUCGUGUUGCUUUUUUCUGGACUCUUUCCAGAGUCUCAGCAUCCUUUUUUCAUCAUUCUGACCAAAAGUGGAUGCAGUAUUCCAAGUAUGGCUUUACCAAGGCAUUAUAAAGCGGUACUAACACUUCACGUGAUCUUCGUUCCAUCCCUCUGUUAAUGCAGCCUAGGACUGUGUUGGCUUUUCUGGCAGCUGCCGCUCACUGCUGGCUCAUAUUUAAGCGCUUUGCUAAGUGAGACCUGGAUUGUGUCCACUUCUGAGCUCAGCUCUUUAAACAUAGACCCCAAAAGACCGGAUCAGGUUCAGAAGUGGCUCGUCGGGAUUACAAAACCUGCAAUCCGAGCCGAAUAAUGAACAAUUACCCAUGUUUGGCUUGCAAAGGAGAAGAGUGAAAUGAGAUACGGUCGUAGUCUACAAAAGGAGUUAUAAGUACAGGCUGCUGCAUGCAAAAGAGGCAGAUAUAUAUUCCCAGUUGAAAUGGCGAGCAGGGCGAGAAGAACUGGUUGACAGAUUCAGGAGGAUUUGGGAGAUGAGACAUACUGGAACCCUCUGCCUCUAGAACAGGGGUCGGCAAUCUUAAACAUUCAAAGAGCCACAAAGGUCCUAACCGGAAGCCCCCCGUUCAAUUCUGGAGACGACCGGAAGUCCGGUUCCCCUACCAUAGUGUCUCCUCCUAGCGUGGCGUUCUUUUUUCUCUGCCGACCGGAAGUCUGGUUCCCCCACCAUAGCGUGGCGUCCUUUCUCCUAACCAAAAGCCCUAUCAAUUGUGGAGCCGACUGGCGAUAAGGAGCCACAGCAGAGGGAUAAAAGAGCCACAUAUGGCUCCGGAGCCACGGGUUGCCGACCCCUGCUCUAGAAGACCAGAGGCUCAGCUUGCUGGAUGGCCCGAGGGCCACUGUCAGAUAAUUUAGUGGAUUCUUACCCUGAGCAGAAAGAAUUACCAAAUGUCCACUAGAUCUUUUAUUCAAACCUACCCGUUUGAUGACUAAAUCAACAAGGCUGUUUCAUUGGGUUCACAUCUGGCGCCAAACUGAAACAGAUACCUUCUCUAAGUGGACACAUGGAUAAAUGAAGUAUAGUUGAACCAUUCCUUACGGAUCAAGGGAGUUUCUUCAGGAAUCCUUCUUUAGGAAAGUUAAGCAUUAUCCCCUCAUGUAACAAAGAACAGGUUCUUAAUCUGGAUCAACUAGAUUCAAAAGCCACCUAGACAGGAAUCAAGGCAGGUAGUUGUUGUCCAUAUGCCGAGGCUGCAGUGACUGAAAACGAUCCUUCAAAAUCAGAGAUGCCACUUCGUGCGAACCCAUCUGUGUGCGAACUCAACAUCCAGGUCAGCAAAAUGAAGAUUCUCAGUCAUCCAGAGAGAAUUUUUCUGAAGGUUGCAUUUUUUUUAAAAAAAUGAGGCCAGUUGCAAUGAUUCAGAGAACUUCAGACAACCCUCAUCCAGGUCAGCAGGGAGAUUAAAUAAAUUUAAUCUGAAAACGCAAGCGGAUUAUUACCCCAAGUUAGCAGUUACGAUGUUAACAACUCCAGAUCCAGCUAGAAAAACCAAACUAACUGGAAAGUGAUUUGUGGAUGGUGGAUGUACAGAGUAACACUUUCAUGCCAUCAGGAUAAUGACUGUAUGAUUUGGGCUUCAAGGGAUAGUUAGAUGAUGCUGAUUGGUGCAAUUGAUUGUUCUUGUAAUUUUUAAAAAUAUAUAUAUUUAUGAUUUUAUACGAGCUACCUGGAAUGUGUCAAAUCAGGCAGGACAUAACUUAUGUAAAUAAAUAAAAAUAAAUGAAUGCUCUGA